AUGGAGUACCGUCUUCAGGCUCUGGAGAAGUUCAAGGCAAAGUUCGAGGCAGCCGAUGUCUUCGCGCGUCUCGAUGCCCUUGAGGAGGCUGAUACUCCCGGACUCGCCACUCUCGAUGCGGAUCAGUUCAUUCGUCGCAUUGAGACUCUUGAGAGGAGACUUCUUCCUGCCGACCACGCCGAAGCGAUUGAGCGUCGCCUUGAAGCUCUAGUACAGCUUACCUCUGAUGGUCUGCCAACGGAUGAAACCCACGCCAACGUCUCCAUCGGCUCAAAUCAAGCUGUUAAUUGCUCAAAGUCGAGUAACGAUGAGGGCCACAACAACAUCAUCUCUCAGAUGGGCCCCGCCGCUGUGUCGCACGAGUGUGCAGUCGACUCGAAAGAGAAGUCCGCGAAGUCUGUCACAGACCGCACUGAUCUCGUCUGGGGGAGGACAGAGCCGGAGUGCUAG